AUGGAGAGGCUCCUGGUAUUUUUGUUUGUGGUGGCAAUGUCUUCACAGGGACUGAAUGCUUUGAGUCAUGGAAGUGUCAUUGACCUUCUAUCAGCUCUAGAUGUAUCCCACUCAAAGAGCGGUGUGUCCAGAUUGCACAGUCCCACGGGAGCCGUGUACAGACUGCGUCCCCGAGCGCCUCACCUGACGCUCUCUGCGGAAUAUUCCCGAAUACUGAGUUCUGACCUCCAGGGAAGCAUUGGGCUACAUUUGGUGGGCCAACAGCUGCAGGGCAGCAACGUUACACUUUUGUCUUUCUCCACCUCAUCGUUGGACAUUGUUCUCCGGCUCACAUCAUCCACCCCGGAGAACGUUCUCCGUUUGGACUACCGAGGGGGAGGGGGCCUCCGGGGCUUUCUUUUACCCGGCACCAACCCCUUCUCCACAGGGGAAUGGGUGCAGUUGGCCAUAAGCCUGGAGCCAGACAGGCUCGUAUAUUUUGUGGACUGUCGAGAAGCCCAAGUCAUCCUCAUAAAACCGAAGGAGAAGUUCGAGCUAGAAUUUCCGCAAGAUGUUGUCAUCACCCUGGGAAGCACACCGGGAAGAAAAGACAGCAAAUUUACUGGCCACUUUAAGACAGCAGAGAUUUCAAUGAAGGCCUAUCUGACACGCCCUUGGCAAUGUGACAUGACAGAUGCGCUACCUGCAUCAACUUACACACAGACUGCAGAUUCACUCAAUGUAGAUGGACCAGUGCAGCAACGGGAGGUCUCUAACUCUACAACGAAAGCAAAAAGAAAGCACAGAACGCCAGUCCAGAAAGCUUAUUAUCCACCACACAGCAUCCAGAGUGAGCAGCUGCAAAGGGGAGUGGUCCUGGGGCCACCAGGACUCCCUCAAGGGGGGAAGUCCACUUCCCAGACCCAUGGGGAUGACGGCCUUCGCAGACUGGAGAGCAGGUUGGAGGACCUGACUCGUAUGCUCGACUUGCUCCAAAUUCAGAACGAGGAGUUGCAGUCGCGUGUGCGCUACCUGGAGGGAUGUGAGUGUGUGCAGCGAUCGUGUAUUUGGGAGGGUGGAGAGGUGGAGGACGGCCGGCGCUGGCAGACUGACGUCAGCACCGUGUGCACAUGCGCAUCUGGAAAGGUCACGUGUCAAGCCAACAUAAGAGACUGUGAGCCACAAGACACAAGAAUUCAUAAUGUGUCCCACAGUGCCAACACAUGCGGGGGGGGCGAGAGGGAUUGUUCGUCGGUGCGUUGCCCACCGCUGCACUGCACACAAACAGAGAGCGUACCCGGGGAGUGUUGCCAGAGAUGCAAAGGCUGCGUACUUUCUGGUGUACGUUAUGAGUACGAUGCAAAAUGGAGGCCAGCCGAGAGUCCAUGUGAUGUCUGCCACUGUUUGGAGGGUGACAUUCGCUGCGAGAGGGAGCCGUGCCCCUCCUUGCUGUGUACCAACCCUGCGUCUCCUCCACAAAACGCCUGCUGUCCAGUGUGUCAAGGCUGUGGUGUGAAUGGCCAACACUUCCCAAAUGGAGCUGCGAUCUCUACAGGAGAUCGCUGUGAACAAUGUUCAUGUCUGGAUGGAAAUGUGGCAUGUUUACCUCACCCUUGUCCUGCCCUGUUUUGUCAAAAUCCCGUGCAUCGUCCCGGAGACUGUUGCCCACGGUGUGAUCAAUGCGAGUAUGAGUCUCGAGUGUACGUGGACGGACAGAAGUUUCCGUCAACAGGUGACCCCUGCAUCGAGUGCCGCUGCGCGGCAGGCGAAGUGUCCUGUGAGCGCACGGAGGCAUCGUGUCCUGCGCCGCGUUGCAACCACCCGGCGAAACGCAAGGGAGAAUGUUGUCCAACUUGCAAUGAGUGUGAGUUUGACGGGCGGGUGUACGCCGACGGAAAAGUCUUCGUCCCACCCGGAAGUGGACCCUGCCUGCAGUGCAGGUGUAAGAGCGGAAACGUUGUUUGCCAUGAAGAAAAGUGCCCACCCGUGAAAUGCUCCAACCCCAUACGAGAGCCACAUCAAUGCUGCCCCUUCUGCAAAGCAUGCAUUUUUGAGGGCUCUGAGUACGAAGACGGCUCCAAAUGGCAUCCCAGGGAUCCUUGCUCCAGGUGCACGUGUGUAGACGGAGCCCCACAGUGCACCCGCAUUCAGUGUCCCGCCACCAACUGUCUGCAUCCUACCAAGCCCACAGGCUCCUGCUGUGCAGCAUGCGACAGCUGCACGUUUCUACACCGUAUCUACAGCAACGGGCAGAAGUUUGGGACGCCCGAGCGGCCGUGCCACAUCUGCACCUGCCUGGUGAGCAGAGUCAAUCCUUCGACUUCACAUUCCUACCUGCUGACCCUGUGUCCUCCACCUACCUUUUCUUCUUAGCAUGGCACCGUGGAGUGCGAGAGAAACUCUUGUCCAACGCUCAACUGCAGCAACCCGUACACGGCACCAGGAGAGUGCUGCCCCAAAUGUCCAGAUUGUUUGUUUGAGAACCAUGUAUUUGUGGACGGUCAAGCCUUCCCCAAUCCACUAAGCGCGUGCGAGGAGUGCAAGUGUGCCAGCGGCACCAUUGACUGCCAGCGGGCUCACUGUCCUCGGCCUCAAUGUAACGCUCCCCUACCGGGGACGUGCUGCAGGAACAACUGUCAUGGAUGCAGCUAUGGCGGGAAGGAGCAUCUCAAUGGUCAGCAGUUUUCACAUCCCACUGAUUCAUGCAGGACCUGCAGCUGUAUUAAUGGAAAUGUACAAUGUCUUAUGACGAGGUGUCCACCGUUGUCAUGUGCCAACCCAAAUGUGUUGCAAGGCGAGUGCUGCCCCCAAUGUCCUGCGCCCCCGUCAGACUGCGAGUCAGGGGGCCAAAUAUACAGGCAUGGUGAGCGCUUCUACUCGCCGUCGGAGCGCUGUCAGUUAUGCUCGUGCACCAAUGGCACGGUGCACUGCCACAGAAAGCCGUGCCCCUUCGCUUCCUGUUCGCAUCCUGUUACAAAGGAUUGCUGCCGUACCUGCCAAGGCUGCCUGUAUGAAGGUCGAGAGAGAGGAAAUGGGGAGAUGUGGGACGACGCUUCGGACCCCUGCGCUGCGUGCGUGUGCCAGGAGGGCUCUGUCAGGUGCGAGAGGAAGCGUUGCCCCCCCAGCAACUGUAAGCACCCUGUUCAGCGACACUGCUGCCUGUCCUGCGAUGGCUGCAUGUAUAACGGGAGAGAAUACGUCGACGGUAGCGAGUUUACUGAUGACAAAGAUCCCUGUGCUGUCUGCUACUGCUAUGCUGGUGAGGUGGUCUGCACCAAGCUGCCCUGCUAUGGAGAGUGCCACCACCCCUACAAAGCGCCUGGACAAUGCUGUGGGGAGUGUCAACGCUGCUUUUACAAUGGUGCGCUGCUCGCUAAUGGACAGUCAAUCCCUGAGCCGGGGGAUGUUUGCUCUAAGUGCACCUGCCAGACAGGCACCGUGCGCUGCGCCAAAAAGUCUUGUCCAGUGACGUUCUGCCCUCACCCGCUCACAGACGCAUGCGGGUGCCCCGUGUGUGAUGGUUGCCACUUCCAAGGUGUGGAUUACAUUAAUGGGCAGAACGUCACAGGAGGCGGGGGCAGCUGCCAGGAGUGUGUGUGUUCAAGGGGUGAGGUGAUUUGCACAACAAGGAGAUGUCCCGCCGUGUCCUGUUCUCAUCCUGCGCUGGAUGGAUGCGCGUGCGGAGUGUGCGAUGGCUGCAAUUUUGAGGGACGUGAUUGUUUCAAUGGAGAACGAUUCCCACAUCCGACAGAUCAUUGCCAGCUCUGCUCUUGUUUGAAUGGAGGUGUGCUGUGCUCGCACGUUUCGUGUCCGAACACCGCCUGCUUGCAUCCGACGACACCAGCGGGCGAGUGCUGCCCAGUCUGCACCGGGAUGUGUCGAUAUCAAGGGAGGGAGUAUCAGUCCGGCUCAUCCUUUCCCUCGCUUUCGGACUCCUGUGCCUCCUGCUCCUGUUUGGAGGAAGUGGUGAGCUGUAAGAGGCGACCUUGUCCCGUGCAGUGUUCCCACCCAGUGCCGGCCGAUGCCUGCUGUCCCGUGUGCGACUCUUGCUUGUACGAUGGCACGAUCCACGCCCAUGGCCACGACUUUACGCCAUCUUCCGAGCCUUGCCAGCAUUGUACCUGCGUCAGGGGCACCGUCACAUGCAUGCCCCUUGUCUGCCCGCCGGCUCCCUGCAGUCAAGCCAUCAAGAAGCCGGGACGCUGCUGCCCCGAGUGUACAGGAUGUAUGCUGGACGGACAAGAGUACAGUGACGGCCAGACAUGGACCCUCACGUCAAACCACUGUUCUACGUGUGCCUGUCAGUCCGGCGAGGUGCAGUGUUCAUCUCCACAGUGUCCCAAACUGACUUGCAUGCAUCAGGUGACCGAGCCUGGGGCCUGCUGUCCUCGCUGCAGAGGUUGUAUGUACGACGGAGGUGAGUACACGGAGGGAAGCAGCUGGUUUGCUGACUCGUCUCACUGUCGCAGUUGCAUGUGUGUGGACGGUGUGACAACCUGCUCGGAAGUUCACUGCCUGUCCCCGUGCAGCAAUUUCAUUCAGGUUCCUGGAGAGUGCUGCCCCAUGUGCGCAGACUGUGUGUUUGAGGGCAGGGUGUACGGUCCAGGAGACAGCUUCCAUCCAGCUGGUGACCCCUGCCAGGUCUGCUCCUGUGAGGUAAUGCCAGACGGCGAGCAACACCUGCGUUGUUACCGGAAACAGUGUCCCAGUCUGGUGGACUGUCCCAAGAAAAACAUCAUGUUUUCUGGACCAGACGCCUGCUGCCCUAUUUGCGCACAGCCUCUCAGCAAUUGCACUUCAACGCUGAUCGGCAAUGAGGUACUUGCCACAGACAACCCAUGUUUUACCUGCCAGUGCAAGGACUUAACUUGGACGUGCCUGCAUCAAGGCUGCCUUCCCCUGACUUGUCCUCCCAGUGAGCAGUUCACCCCUCCGGACUCAUGCUGCCCUGUGUGUAAAGAUUGCGUGCUGGAGGGUCAGAACCGACGCGUGCCCAGUGGCAGCAGCUGGACGGACAGCGAUGACAAUUGUGUUACUUGCAGCUGUAAAUUGGGCUACAUUGAAUGCAACAUUGAGGAGUGUCCAUCCAAGCCUUGUCCUGAUGGUCAAAAACAAGUGAAGGUAGCAGGGAAAUGUUGCCUUGAAUGUCAAGAGUGGGGUAUGUCAUGUACGCACCAGGGCACGGUGUACCAAUCGGACGAGCAGUGGCAAGUGAACGAGUGCACUGGCUGCACUUGCGUGUCUGGGGAUGUGCACUGUCACACUGAACGCUGCCCUCUACUCUCCUGCAAUACGGAUGAAAUGGCAGCAGUGGUGCCCGGCUUGUGCUGCCCUCACUGCCUCCCCCGGCCAGCCACGUGCAUCGCAUUCGGCGACCCCCACUACCGCACCUUCGACGGUCGCAUGCUCCACUUUCAGGGGGCGUGCACCUACAUUUUGGCGCAGGACUGCCAGGCUGGCGACUUCAGUAUCCACGCCACCAACGACGACCGCGGCCGUCAAGGGGUGUCGUGGACCAAAGAGGUGACCGUCUUCAUCGGUGAUGUCACUGUGCAGCUACUGCAGAACUGGCUUGUAAAAGUAGAUGGCGAGGUAGUGACACUGCCGUUCCUCCGAGAACCGUACAUUUAUGUAGAGCGUAAGGCCAACACGGUCCUGCUCAAUACCAACAUCGGCCUCAAGGUGCUGUGGAACGGCCGUUCCCACUUGGAGCUCAGCGUUCCGGGCACCUACAAGGAACAUACCUGCGGCCUCUGUGGCAACUUCAACAACUAUCACCAGGAUGAUCUUCGCAUGCCCAGUGGACAGAUAAGCCUGUCGGAAGCCGAAUUUGGCAACAGUUGGAGGGUGACAAACGGAAGCCACGCCCUGACAUCAUGCCGCCCGGGGGAGGACGUGGACCCCUGCAAGGAGGCGGGCUACCACGCCCGAAAAAACGCCAACGCUCGCUGCAAGGUCCUCAAAUCGGCGGUGUUCCGGCCGUGCCACCGCGUGGUCCCCCCCGAGGCUUGGUACGCCGCCUGCGUCUAUGACCUGUGCGCCUGCGGGGCCAACACUGACCAGUGUCUGUGCGACGCGUUGGAGGCCUACGCCGGGCAGUGUCGCGAAGCCGGGGUGGUCCUGCGCUGGAGGGGACCCUCGCUGUGCGCGGUGGGCUGCCCGACAGAGAGGGGCUUUGUGUUUGACGAGUGCGGCCCGCCGUGCCCCGUCACCUGCUUCAAUGCCGCAGUGCCGCUGGGAGUGAUUGAGAGCCACUGCUUCAAGCCCUGCGUGCCUGGUUGCCAGUGCCCCGCCGGCCUGGUGCUGCACAACAACCAAUGUGUCCAUCCUUCAAAGUGCCCGAAAAUCAUCCACGGCGACCGGUCGUGA